AUGGAUUUUACUAAUGUUACACAUUUAACACUUAAUGGACAUGUGGAUUUACAGACUUACAGAUAUUUUUAUUUCUUAAUUACUCUCACAGUGUACAUAUCAAUCAUUGUAUUUAAUACUGUUGUAAUUUUUGUCAUAUUCAUGAACAAACAUCUCCAUGAGCCCAUGUACAUUUUCAUUGCUGCUUUGCUUUGUAAUGCUCUCUUUGGAGCGACUGCUCUUUAUCCUAAACUGCUCACUGAUUUACUUUCUGAAAAACAAGUCAGUUCUUACCACGGCUGUUUAUUUCAGGCUUUUUGUGUUUAUACAUAUGCUGCAUCAGAAUUCAUGCUGCUAUCAGCUAUGGCCUAUGACCGUUAUGUGUCUAUCUGUAAACCUUUACAUUAUUCAAAUAUUGUAACGAUGCCCACUGUCAGAAAGCUCAUAUUGAUCUUCAUAAUCUACUCGUACAUGAGGAUACUCGCUGUGUGUUUAAAGAAUUCGAAAGAUUUCAGAAGAAAAGCUCUACAGACCUGUUUACCACAUCUGCUCAUUUUCAUAAAUUUUUCUGUCAACAUUUGUUUUGAAAUUAUAAAUAACAGACUAGAAUCAAAUCAAAUUCCCCACAUUAUUACCAUAAUCCUGUCAGUUGAAUAUUUACUCAUUCCUCCUUUAUUCAAUCCCAUAAUAUAUGGAUUAAAACUGCAGGAGAUUUUGAAAAGCAUCAAGAGAUUGAUUUCAUGGAAGAAGAGGGCUGAGGUUUAUUUUUAGGUGUAGAUUGUUUUGCUUUGAAAUACUAUACUAUUAUUAUUA